GUUGAUCUAUCAAAGGAUCUGCCUCACUGGAACAAGCUCAAGCCGGAUGAGAAAUACUUUAUUUCUCACAUCUUAGCCUUUUUUGCAGCAAGUGAUGGAAUUGUCAAUGAAAACUUGGGAUUGCAGGUGUGCACCACCAUGCCCAACUUUGGGGACUUUUGUCCUCAGACAGUAAGCCUAAUAGAAAAUGUGCCCCUCACUGACCAUCUUGAGCUCUGUAUAUCUCGGAUUACUGGGGACUUUUUAUUUAAUGCAAUUGAAACAAUGCCAUAUGUUAAGAAAAAAGCAGACUGGGCCCUGCGGUGGAUAGCGGACAGAAAGUCUACUUUCGGGGAGAGAGUGGUUGCCUUCGCGGCUGUGGAGGGCGUGUUCUUCUCGGGGGCCUUUGCGGCUAUCUUCUGGCUGAAGAAGCGAGGCCUCAU